UUUCCAAGUUCCCAUAUAAAAACUAAGCUUAAAGUACCUUAACCAAAAGCUUCCUUCAGGAUCCUACUACAAUCCGUCCGACUAAUUAAGGGAAGCUCUCCCGAUAAAUAUUGUUGCGUUCUCAAGACUCGAAUCCGAGAGUUUAGUUAAUAACUCCUUUAUCAGCUGAUUGAAACACUUGCCGGUGAAUUUAUAACCCUCAAUAAGAAAAAAGUUGACGAGUAUGUAAUUAGAGCCUUUUAAGCUAUCAAAAACAAACCUCUUCCAAAAUAAGCUAACAAAUAAUUAACCAACCACCUAACCAAACACGAUAUCAUAUACUCCAUAUGGAUCUUUCAGACUUCCGAACACAAUCCUACCCGAUAAUACUUCGAUUAAUACUUGUGUACAAUAGUUAAUGUAUCUAACUUUUUACUUCCUACACGUUUAGCAUUUUGGUCAUUUUGAGGUAUAAAAAGAAAUUGAAGAAUGUUCAUAAAGACCCCAAAAAAAUUGUUUGUCAAUUGUCACAUAUAAAUGUUCUCUUUUAAAAUUCUUUUGAAAAUUGUAAGCUGUCUGGAAUACAUACAUAACACAUAACCUCCUUCCCACCCCCACAACAAAUAUCAUCUUCUGACGUAUACCACAAAAAUUUUCUCUAUCUCUCUGUUUCAUAAAUCUGCAACAAUUGUGUUGAAAAAAUAAGCAGAAAUGGUUAAGCUUGAAAUAUAUAGGUCUUGUGAAGUCGUUCUGAUGGGUGCGGCCCAGACCAGACCCGAUCAUAUGUAAUUUGUUGCUUAAUGAAACAAAUGAUGGGAAGCAAGUUCAUGUGAUAAGUGGUUGAAAGUUGGUUGCUAUUUUGAUGGUGUGACACUUUCUUUUAAGAAAAAGAUUUGAUAAAAAAUCCCAUUUGUUUUGGGUCUAGAAAAUUAAACAGUUUUUUUUUAUAAAAAAAAAAAACACAAAAUGGAAGCAGAAGAUCAAAAGGGUCUAGAGAGGGUUUUGUCACAGAAAGCAUUAUCAAUGAGUAGUUCAUUUCCAUGUCAAAUAUGUGUAGUAGGCUUCCUUUGUGGGGUUUGUCUUACUUCUCUAUUCCUUGCUGGUCUUACCUCCUUCGGCCGAUUCGAAUUCGAGGGCAUUCAAUUUCAUCAGAUUUCAGCUCCUAUUAUGCCCUGGAAUUCUAACUCACAUAUUACCAUGGGAGACAGCGGCUUAAAACAAAUGAGAACAGUGGAGAGGGAAAUGAAUGAAAACGACGAUGACAAGGUGUCUUUGCUAUAUUCAGCUUGGAGUAGCUUACUAAAUGAAUCACAAGAGGCAUGGACAAACACGCAAUCAAGUAUCCCGAAUGCCCCUCAUUUGGAGAAGUGCAAGUCAAAAGGCUUGAUGAACAAGAGGCUAGAUACACGUGUUGGUAAUGCAACAUUUCCCCCUUGGACCCUUUGGAAGGGUUCAUUAGAUAUCUACUCUAAUCUGGCUUCGGAGUUGAAUGAUUUCAGGCAUCAGGAUAUAUCUCAAGGUGCUUAUCCUCCAUGGAUAACGGGAUCCAAUGAAGAAAAUUACCCCUUAACAAGAAAAGUGCAGCGUGAUGUAUGGCUUCAUCAGCAUCCGUUAAACUGUGGUGACCCUCAAGUUAAGUUUCUUGUGGCUGAUUGGGAAACACUCCCAGGGUUUGGGAUAGGUGCUCAAAUUGCAGGAAUGUGUGGACUUCUUGCUCUUGCCAUUACUGAGAACAGGGUGCUUGUAACAAAUUACUAUAACCGUGCUGAUCAUCAGGGCUGCCAAGGGUCAUCUCGUGCAAGUUGGUCUUGCUAUUUCCUUCCUGAAACAUCCCAAGAAUGUCGUGAUCGUGCUAUUGAACUGAUGCAUAACAAAGAAGCAUGGGAAAAGGGUAUCAUAAAAGCAAAAGAGAACUACACAUCUAAAGAGAUAUGGGCAGGACGGACUCCCAGAAACUGGGGUAGUCCUUGGAGUUAUUUGCAACCAACAACAGAAAUAAACGGGAGUUUUGUAGCAUUUCAUCGGAAAAUGGACAGAAGAUGGUGGCGAGCACAGGCUGUGCGGUACCUGAUGAGGUUUCCGAGUGAUAAGACAUGCCAUCUAAUGAAUGUUGCCCGACAUGGUGCAUUUGGAAAGGAAGCUGCAGAAAUGGUAGUUGCAAAUAUAAAGGAAGAGACAGAUGAGGGUGGUGCAUCGGAGAUAGAAAAAUACGUAUGGUCGAACCGCAGACCAUGGAUUCCAAGACCAGUGUUAAGCAUGCACGUAAGAAUGGGAGACAAAGCUUGCGAAAUGAAGGUGGUGGAAUUCAAGGAGUACAUGCGUCUUGCUAAUAGAAUAAGAAAACAGUUCCCUAACUUAAGGACGAUAUGGCUGUCCACCGAGAUGCAACAAGUCAUUGACCUCACUAAGCUAUACACUUCAUCUGGAUCUGGAUCUGGAUCUGGAUCUGGAUCUGGAUCUGGAUGGAAGUUCUACUUCACCAAUGUGAAAAGGCAGCUGGUCAGUAACAUUACAAUGGCAACCUAUGAGGCCAGCCUUGGAAGAAAGACAAGUACAGAAUAUCCUUUAGUCAACUUCUUGAUGGCUACUGAGGCUGAUUUCUUCAUCGGCGCCUUGGGUUCCACCUGGUGUUUUUUGAUCGAUGGUAUGAGAAAUACAGGUGGCAAAGUUAUGGCUGGAUAUCUCAGUGUUAACAAGGACAGAUUUUGGUGAACAAAAACCCUUGAACAAACUUCAACUUUGAUUCAGACUACAUUCUAUCACAAUUUUGCUUUCUUGUGUACAAAUAUGUUAUCACUAGAUCAUUUUCCUGUAUGUAUAUAUAUACUCUAAUAGAGCUAUUUACUCUACUUAGGUUGCUUGUUAAUACUUGGUAUAUGUACAAUAUUCUUAUCAAUUCGAAACUUGCAUGUUGCUUGUUAA